AAAUCCUUAACAGCAGCUCUCAGCUGUCAUCCCUUCCUUUACAGAUCCUAUUUCACGUCAGUGGGAUUUAUUACAUCUUUUACUUCUUGGCAACCCUUGCGAUGAUCGUUUAUAAAAGUCAAGCUUUCAGCUACCCAGAUGAAUUUUUGGCUCCAGAUCUUGCCGUCCUUCUCAUUAUGGCCGUUCUUGAAGUGCUCCGAUUAUACUUGGGUUCGAAGGGUAACCUGACAGAAGAAGAAACUCCAUUAGGGCUCAGUCUUGCGAUCACGGUCGGCAGCGUGAUCCUGUCGGUGUAUUUCCUGGUGUGGCAAACCUAUGUGCUGAAAGCAGACGUCAUUUUAAACGCUGUUCUUCUCUUGACCUACGGGCUCGAGUCAGUACUAAAGGUCAUGGCCAUCGCUGCUUUUGUCAGCUAA